AUGCCCCGCGCCCCGGCCGCCGCCGCCGCCCCGCUGCUGCUGCUGCUGGCGCUGCUGCUGGCGGCGGCGCCGCCGCACGGCGGCUCCGAGAGCCCCAAGGGGAAGCAGAAGGCGCUCCGCCAGCGGGAGGUGGUGGACGUGUAUAAUGGCAUGUGCUUACAAGGCCCCAGUGGCGUUCCUGGACGGGAUGGAAACCCAGGAGCCAAUGGGAUCCCUGGGACACCUGGAAUCCCAGGACGGGAUGGGCUGAAAGGGGAGAAGGGUGAGUGCAUGCGUGAGAGCAUCGAGGAGUCCUGGACACCCAACUUCAAGCAGUGUUCGUGGAGUGCGCUGAAUUACGGCAUCGACCUUGGGAAGAUCGCGGAAUGCACGUUUACCAAGAUGCGCUCCAACAGCGCCCUCCGCGUGCUCUUCAGCGGCUCCCUCCGGCUCAAGUGCAGGAACGCCUGCUGCCAGCGCUGGUACUUCACCUUCAACGGGGCAGAGUGUGCUGGCCCACUGCCUAUUGAAGCCAUAAUAUACUUAGAUCAAGGAAGCCCAGAGCUGAAUUCUACUAUUAACAUACACAGAACUUCCUCAGUGGAAGGUCUGUGUGAAGGGAUCAAUGCUGGCUUGGUGGACAUUGCCAUCUGGGUUGGGACGUGCUCAGAUUAUCCACGGGGAGAUGCUUCUACUGGAUGGAAUUCAGUCUCCCGAAUCAUCAUUGAAGAACUGCCAAAAUAACUUCCCUCCCUUUUUAUAAUACCUGUUUUUUUUUUAAUUUUGUACUAUUUUUUUCAGAAUUUAUUUCAAUAGAGUUGGAUGCAAGUACUGGACUGAAAGGCACCAAAGCCUUGCAUCUGUAGCCUUUGCCUUGUUUUGUACAUGGCAGAGGCUUUUUAUAAUAAUCAUUUUAGAAUACAAAUAUCAAAAACAAGUUCACUAACAUUUUAAAUUUCUUUUUUGAUGUAAUAGCACCACUGUUUUUAGAAUUAACCAUAACUUUUUGUAUCAAAUAAAUAAG